UCUCUCUCUCUCUCUCUAUAAGUCUAUAGCUUCCUUCACAAUCCCAAACGCCACUUUUUCAAAAUUUCAAAAAAAACUCAGAAGAGAAACAGAGAUGUGUCCUUCCGGUAGAAUCGCGAUUCCGAUAACCACCACCACCACCGCCGCGAAAAAUUCAGAUUUCCGACCAGCUUUCGAAAUCAUCGACGCAGAUCGCGACGGAAAAAUCAGCAGCGAAGAUCUCCGAGCAUUCUACGCCGGAAUCUCGAGAUCUUCCUCCGGUGAGAAUAACCACCACGACGAGACGAUGAUCGGGACGAUGAUAUCGGUGGCGGACGCGAACAAAGACGGAUUCGUCGAGUUCGACGAGUUCGAGAGAGUUUUAGAAGAAGCAACGGCGCCAUUGUAUAGAUCUGAUGACGGGUUGAUGAAAGAUAUGUUUACGGCGAUGGAUAAAGAUGGAGAUGGGAGGUUGAGUUACGGAGAUCUCAAGAGUUAUAUGGAUUCCGCUGGUUUGGCUGUUACAGACGACGAUAUCAAAGCUAUGAUUCGUUUAGCCGGCGGUAAUUUAAACGGCGGCGUUUCGUUCGACGGUUUGCUUAAGAUUUUUGGGUGUUAACAAAUAAUUAUAAAAAAAUGGUACACCACAUGUUUACAACUUUCUUCUUCUUCAGUUUUGUUUGUUUGUUUGGAGGUGUAUUUGUGUCCACCACCACCAGAUUUUGUUUUGUUUUUGUUUUUUUUUAAUAAUUUGUCAUAUGAAAAUGUUUAGAAAAUUAAUUUGUUGGAACGGUUCGUAUUAUCGUAUAUGAUUUAACUUUUAAUUUUAGAGUUUAUGUUAA